ACCCAAUUCAUCCAGCCACUUAGCCGAGCAAAUUUUCGAUUUCUUUUUCUUUUUCUUUUUCCUGAAUUGAGGAGAAAUCUACCGCUAGAAGAAAAGGGAAAAGCAGGCAGCAAACUAAAAAAGCGCAGACAUGUCGUUCAUGAAAGGAGAUUUGUUAACGAAAACAAGGAAACUCGUCAAUGGUUUAGCCAAACCUCAGCCUGUUUGGCUUAAAGCCAUGGAACAGGCUCCGCCGGCAACCUUUCCUCGUCCCGAUGGAAAACUUAAGGCAAUCAGCCUCCCAGAGGAUGUUUACAUUAAAAAGUUCUUCCAGAAAUAUCCGGUUGCGAAAGGUCAUGAUGCCAUCAAAAUAUCUGCUUAUGACCCUCCACCGGCACGUCUAUUUGGUUUGCGAGUACUUGAAUUGAAAGAGCAGGGAGUCACUGAGGAGGAAGCAAUGGCCGUAGCUGAUAUGGAAUAUCGGAAGGAGAAAAAGGAGAAGAAGAAAGCAUAUGCUCGUUUAAAACAAAUCGCCCGUCUUCAAGGAAAGAAACCUCCACCAAACCCAUACCCUAGUGCAAUCAAGGAGAGACAAGAGCUGGAGAGAAAGUUUGUCCGAGAACGUUUCUCCAGUCCAGAGAUAUUGAAAAUUGUUGAAAAAAUUAAAGAGGAGAGGCGAGUUGAGAGAUUCAAUGGAUCAGUCGGUGGUGGCUUUUGAGAUGACCCGUAUUUGGUGAAACAGUGCUGAUUAUUUUAACUUGAACUUCAUUUAGACCAUUGCUAUAGGUUUUUACUUUCUGAUUUCUGCUUAAAUUUGUUAUGUCAUUGGAUGUUUUGGACCAAGUUUUCUAAAUUGCUUGCAUCUGAUACAGGGUAAGAAAUUUUGUAGGAUUUUGAAAUAAUUGGGAUCCCAAUGCAACAUGUUUUUUUAAGAUGCCACCAAAUUGAUUAGAUAAUAAGAUUAUGCUACUAAA